AUGUGGACAACAGCUUUACAGUUAUUUUCAUUUUCGUUACUUGCAUGUUUUUUCUUGCUUGCUAAUUACGAAGAAACUCAAAAAAUUGCCACCGUCAUGUUACUCUGCACACUUCUGAUGAUUGCUGCUGUUUAUGGUAGCGUAAAAUAUGUUAUGGGUGCACAUUAUUCCUUUGCUGAGUACUUCGAGACAGAUCAGUUUUUAUUCAUUGGUUUAUCAAAUUGUCAUUUAACUGUUGAACGUAGUCCGCCGCCUGGAAACUGUCCAUAUCACGUAAUAUAUCAAACGAGUACAUACGAAACUUCCCCCCCUUGUUCACUGGCAAAGUUGCAUGUUUUGUUAGCUGACAAGGAGUUGCCCCAGGCGCUGAUACUCGCUCCUUCAUUUGAUGGGUAUGUAGUGGCUAAGCUGAAUCAUCUUCAUUGGCCGGAGGAAGGCGCAAGUCAGUUUGCCUUCCGAAGCACCCUAAUAGAUCUAAAGGAUCCGUCUCCAGUUGGAAGUAAAAUUGAUUAUCAAGACUUGCUCUUCACAUUGUUCGACAAUGAUAGUCGACUUCUUUAUCUUGUUCUCAAUAGUACUUCCAGUCAACGGCGUUCUGUUAGUUGCUACAUCUUUUAUGCAGAUCUUAGCAAAACACAAAUUAGUUUUCUUUAUAUUGGUCAGAUGCCGGUGCAUCCCGAAAACGAUUUCAGGGUUUUGUGGUCUGAAGACCCGUAUGAGCGUAAGUUUUAUUACGGUGUUAAGCAAGACGAAGAACUUGGGCUUUAUUCAGUUCCAUUUAACGAGUUAUUGUCAGUACUUUCUACGGGUUCGCCGGGAACCUUAGAGCUGCUUUUCCACGAUGACCGUGCUUACUUUAGCGUAACACACGACGUUGUGCUUUCUUACAUGAGUUCUUCCAGCAGGAUUGUCUAUUUCACGCUGCACUUGAAAAAGAAAAAUAGUAAUGGGAUAGUAUGUGAAUUGCCUUCGAAGAAAUCCAAGUUAAGCAGUUCUGUCUCAUUAUCUUUGCUUUUUGACAGCCACUACUGCGCACUUAGGAACAAAGAGACGAGUCUUGAGAAUUGUUCACUUGUCCUUUCUAAUAUGGCGCUAAAAACUUUCGUACUGAUUCUUGUCAUACGUAUAAGACGGCGGAAAAAAACGUCGAUGGACGAGACGUUUGCGAGAGCCGAAAGUCCACACAUUCACACGUACCCAGCUUUCGUAGCAGAGACAUCUGAUUUCUAG